CGUAGCGGUUCGAGACCAAAAGCGGGAGGAAAGAAACAAUACCUGUCCGCCACCACCACCACCAAUCGCAUCAAUGGCGCCCACCCGCACGAUCAAGAACAAGUACGCCACUUCAAAAGGUGGCGCGGGCGGCGGGAAGGGCUCUUCAAAGCAGUCCGGCAGCGGCGGCAUCACCAAGUCCAAAGGCAGAGCAGGCUCCAAAGCCAACGUACCAGCGACACAAGUCAAGGGUCGGCCCAACCUACCCGGACUCGACAAGGACAAGAAGAAGAAGCAGCGCGUGUACACGGAGAAGGAAUUGGGGAUCCCCGAGCUGAACAUGGUUACUCCCGUGGGCGUUACCAAGCCGCGGGGCAAGAAGAAGGGCAAAGUCUUUGUCGAUGACAGGGAAAGCAUGUCAACAAUCCUCGCCAUGGUGCAAGCCGAAAAGGAAGGCCAGAUUGAAUCCAAGAUGAUGCGCGCGAGGCAAUUGGAAGAGAUCCGCGAGGCGCGGCGAAUCGAGGCCGAAAAGAAGGAGGCCGAACGCAAGGCUAAGCUGGAGGAGACCAAGGAGUCGCUGCGGAAGAAGCGGAAGCGGAACAAGGGGAAAGCGCGUAAAGAAGAGGAGGAGGGGGAGAGCGUCAAGGAGGUUGCGGCUACGGGGACCAAGGCUGCCAAGCCCAAGAAGAAGAAGAGGGUCUCCUUUGCGCCGGAGUGAGGUGAAACUCUACCGGGGCUGGCUG